CGAUAGAUUCACCUUCGUCCUUCUCUUGAAAAGCUCCUUGUCUAUCUGCGGCAAUGGCCUCCGCCGUAGACCAGAAACUGCUUCGGCAGACCAAAUUUCCUCCGGAGUUUAACCAGAAGGUGGACAUGAAGAAGGUCAAUAUCGAAGUCAUGAAGAAGUGGAUUGCCGGCAAGAUUUCUGCCAUUCUUGGCUCAGAGGAUGAUGUGGUGAUCGAACUGUGCUUCAAUUUGCUCGAAGGCUCCCGCUUCCCCGACAUCAAAGCACUCCAGAUCUCUCUCACCGGCUUCCUCGACAAGGAUACUCCUAAAUUCUGUAAAGAACUGUGGAACCUCUGCCUCAGCGCUCAGUCCAACCCUCAAGGUGUACCCAAAGAACUCCUUGAGGCUAAGAAACUGGAAUUGCUGCAAGAGAAGGUUGAUGCGGAAAAGGCAGCGCAAGAUCUUCGCAAUCGUAAAGACCAAGCACAAUCACGCGAUCGGGACCUGGAUCUCAUCCGCCAGCGUGAGCGAACCGAACGAGGUCGUGGUCGAGGAGGGGCAAGAGGUGGUCGUGGCUUUGAAUCUCGCAGGCCCAGAUAUUCCAGGUCUCCUCCACCGCGGAGACAAUCUCCUUACAGACAUACAGCCUCGAAACGCGAUGCUGAUACCUAUGUCCCUGCAAGCCACCGCAGAGGUCGUACGCCAGGUCGUGGACGCUCCCUCACAAGAUCGUUGACUGGCUCCCGCUCUCGAUCCCCCGUUCGGCGGCGUCGCCAGGACCGCUCUCUAUCUCGAUCAAGAUCACGGUCACAGUCUAGAUCGCCGUCUCCAAAACGACGGAGAUAUCAGAAAUCACGAAGCAGGAGCUUCAGCAGAAGGAGGAGCCCAAGUAGGACUAAGUCUCCGUCGGUUAUAAGCUCGCCGGAAAAGAAUGGCAAAGCAACAGAAUCUCCGAAGAAAGGACGCGCGCGAUCCUCAUCACUGUCCGAGUCGUCCCGCUCUCGUAGCCCGAGAAGUAGAAGAGAGCGAAGUCGGUUACGUUCCUCUCCCAGUCGCAGCCGUUCACCCCCUCGACGGAGAGCUCCCCCUCGACGGUCAUACUCAUCUUCACGGUCAAGAUCACGAUCCAGAUCGAGGUCACGGGGCAGGAACGGCGGGCGUCAUGGGCGCGAUAGGAGGUCCUUAUCUUCUUCCUCAGAAGAUCGAGGCCCCAGAAAACGACAUGAUGUCCUUCAAGAUAAAAAGCCUCAUGACGAACAUCGGCUGAGCCGCUCUCCAGAUGGAAGGCGCAGAUAUGAUAGCCGCAGCCGAAGUCGAAGCCGAAGCCAACGACGUCGACAGCAUGAAAAGCGACGACGAUCACUUCGAAGAUAUGAACCCGCAGCCCGUAGACGGCGCAAUACCUCGUCGGACUCGUCACCUGAGCCAAAGCGGAGGAAGAAUGCACCUUCAGAGAACGAAUCAAGCUGAAGCGUUGAGAGUAAUCCCAACGCAUUGAAUCAGGCCACAGUAGGGAUUUGAUCAGUCAACAGCGUAUAUGGCUUGAAGUUAGAACGGUGCUGAAGAUUAACGAUCCAAAAGAGAACGACAACUCGAUUUGCGAGCGACGGAGCUUGUAAGAAAACAGGGCUACGGUCAUAAGAUUGAGCUAGAUCAAGACAUGGGAACCAGCUAUAGAGGAUACGAUAGAUCUGAUAGAUCUGAUCGACCUGAUCUGUAUUCAGGAUCGACAACAUGAGCUUCAUCUGGUGAACGAGGUAUUCAACCAGUUCAAAUUGACCUGAUUGGUAGCAAAGUCCAA